GUGUCUCCCCCUCUCUCUCAUCCCACCAUGUCGAAGUUUCCAGAAGUGCAAGGCGGAGGCUCACUCAUUCUGGCAUGGCAGAUUAAGGACAAGCAUGUUCUAGUAGUUGGAGGUGGAGAGGUCGCUGCGGGGCGCAUUCUCAACACCCUCAAUGCCGACGCACGAGUCACUGUGGUAUGCCCGGCCUCUGGACUCAAUGAGGAGGUUGCUUUCCGAGUCGCCGAGAAGCAGGUGACACAUAUCGACCGCAAUUUCGAGCCACACGACCUCGAUGGCGUGGACAUGGUGAUGUGCGCCAUUGACGACCCAGAAGCGUCCUCAGAAGUCUGGAAGCUGUGCAAAACACGGCGAAUUGCAGCAAACAUCGCCGAUGUUCCGCCCGAAUGUGAUUUCUAUUUUGGAAGCGUUCACCGUGAUGGACCGCUUCAGAUCAUGGUCAGUACAAAUGGAAAUGGACCCAAGCUUGCAAGCAUCGUGCGCAAGAAGAUCGCCGAGACAUUGCCUAGCAAUAUGGGAGCAGCCAUUGAGAAUGUGGGAAGACUGCGCAAGAAGCUCCGCGAGGUUGCCCCCAACCCAGAACAGGGACCGAAGCGUAUGAAGUGGAUGUCCGGGGUUUGUGAACAAUGGAGCUUAGAAGAGCUCGUCUCCAUGACUGAGAAGGACAUGGACAGCAUAUUGUCAUUUUAUGAGUCAGGCAAAGUGCCUACAUCACAAGAAGCGCAGAAUCAAUAA